AUUAACCGUGUACUUUCUUAUUUUGAGACUGAAAACAGAAACAAACAACUGCACAGUGCAACUGAAGCACACGACGAUGACGGUUUACCGCAUACGCUUGAACAUCUUGUCUUCAUGGGAAGUGAGGAUUACCCAUACAAGGGUGUGUUGGAUCUACUAGCCAACAGGUGUCUUGCAUCAGGAACGAAUGCAUGGACUGAUGUUGAUCACACUUGCUAUACAAUGACAACAGCUGGCCACGAAGGCUUCCUUAACCUGCUUCCCAUAUACAUAGACCAUGUUCUCUAUCCAACACUCACGGAACCUGCUUACUACACUGAAGUUCAUCAUGUCAAUGGGGAUGGGGAAGAUGCAGGAAUAGUGUACUGUGAAAUGCAAGCCAGAGAGAACACUGGUGAGAGCAAGGCACAUCUGGCUAUGCUUCGUGCUAUUUAUCCAGGAGAAUGUGGAUAUAAGUCAGAAACUGGUGGUAUAAUGGAAAAUCUAAGAACAAGUACAUCUCACAAGAAGGGGGAUAGGGGGCCAUACACACGGCCAUGGCAGUCAACAAUUCCCCCUCUCAGCAGAAUGCAGGAGCAGACUAUUCAAUUCCCGUCGGAUGAUGAGGAGCAUGGUCUUGUACUGGUGGCCUGGCGUGGACCACAAGCGAAGGAGCUGCAUCUUGUGAGUGCAAUGAUGGUGUUACUGGAGUACCUGACUGAUACAGCAGUGGCACCUCUGCAACAGGAGUUUGUGGAAACGUCCGAUCCUUACUGUAGCAAGGUCAAGUAUUCCAUACUCGAAAACCAGGAGACCUGCAUCUAUCUGGAGUUUGAGAAUACUCCACAUGAUAAAUUAGACUCUGUUACUACGUCGUUGACUCGGUAUCUGAAAAAAAUUGUCGACAAAUCUUGCCCUCUCAAUAUGGAUCGCAUGAAUAGCGUCAUUCAUCGGCGACUUCUGGAUUCACUUAACCAUUUAGAGGAGAAUCCUCAUGAUACCAUGGCUUUCAUCUGUAUAGGAGAUUUUCUUUAUGGGAAUGAUGCAGAAGAUCUCAAUCACAGACUGAACCAGACAGAAAAUUUCAAGAAAAUGAAGUUAGAAACUGAGGAGUUCUGGUUGAAGCUCAUCAGUAAAUAUUUAGUUGAAGCCAACCAUGUGGCAAUUAUAGGUGAGCCAUCUACAGAGCUAAUGGAGACGAUGGCCGAUGAGGAGAAGGAGCGUGUUGCAGAGCAACGGAGAAGACUGGGCAAAGCUGGUCUGAAAAAGUUGCACACAAACCUGAUGGAGGCUACUACUGAAAAUGAGGUGGCACCACCAGAAGAAACAAUCAGCAGUGUACCUAUACCCAGUACUUCCAGCAUUAAGUUUCAUCCACUUGUUGCUAGUAGCAACUGUACACCAGAACUUACCAGCAAAAUUCCUAGUUUUCCAUUGACUGAUAUGCCAUUUAAAUUCCUCGUCGAUGAUAUGCACACACACUUCGUCAAGCUCAGCAUGUUGAUGAACACGAGUUGCGUGCCACAAUCGCUGAAGCCAUACCUGUGCAUUCUUAUGGAGCUACUACUUGAAUCUCCCAUUCAGAGGAAUGCAGCAGGUCUGGUGCCGUACGAGGACGUGGUAGCAGAGCUGGCAUCUGACACACUCACGACAGUUCUCACCCUCGGCGUGGACGGCAGUCGAUUCCACUGCGGCCCGUUUGCUCAGGUGGCGGUGCUAAUGCUGAAGGUGGAGGUGGACAAGUACCGUAAGGGCAUACAGUGGGCUGGAGAGCUGCUUUUUCGGACGGUCCUCACAGCCGAACGUGUGCGCAUCAUUGCAACAAAGAUGAUGAGCGACGUGUCACGCUGCAAGCGCAAUGGCCAGCGGGUUGUCCUGGCGGCCAUCAAAGAUGUUAAUUACAGUAAAGAGAGUAAUCAUUAUAUCUCUGGAAUGAUGAGGCAGCAGAGAUUUCUUACUCUUAUGCUGGAGGAACUGAAAACAAAUCCAAGUGAGGUUAUCGCACGAUUGGAGGAGUUAAGGAAGUUGAUCACUGCCCCAGAGAGUCUCACUGUUCAUGUAGUAGCAGAUGUCACACAGCUGGCAGCCGCAUGUGGUCCUCCUGCACAGCCAUGGAAGGACGAGUUCUUACCAGAUGGUGACAGGCAGAAGGAACCAGUACACGAAAGUAAACCCGUGACAUUCUGCUCAGAGGUGAAGCCUUGCUCGUCUUAUCUGCUCCCGUACUCUGGUGGCCCAGCAGCAGGGGUGAUUAUUGGAGUGGGAGCCAUAGAGUCUGCCUUUCUCGUGCAGACUGUCCCCUGUCUGUGCUCCUAUACAGAUGCCGACCUACCAGCCAUAGAGGUCUUCAUUCAGUAUCUCACACAGCUUGAGGGGCCUAUGUGGAGACAGAUCAGAGGUCAUGGUCUUUCGUAUCACUACAGUAUGAGCAUUACACCCGACACAGGACUAAUGACGUUUGUCCUGUUCAAAUCAACACACAUUGCCAGUGCAUAUAAGCGAGCCAAGACCAUUGUGGAUGACUACGUCAGUGGGAGGGUGGCCUGGGAUGCGACACAGCUGGAGAGCAGUAAGAGCAGCCUCAUCUUCGAGAUUAUUGAGCAGGAGAAGACAGUGACAGAGACAUCCACCGUCUCGUUGCUGUCCCACUAUCGAGACGUCGGCACUGACUAUAACAAGACUUUCCUCGAGAAGGUGUCGCGUGUUACAGUGGAGGACCUGGCUCGAGUGGGUUUAGAGCACAUCGCACCGCUGUUUGACACUACACGAUCCAAGUGUGUCAUUUGCGUUAAUCCAACACGUGUCCCAGAAGUGCAAAAAGCUUUCAAGAGGUUUAACCGGGACCUAACCAUUCUAAAGACCAUCGAGGAAGGCUUUCUCUGUGAGAUGUAACGCUCCUACUACGUGAUUCAAAGAUCUCUAGGAGAUGGAAUGCUUCCUAUGUGUCGUGUCAUGCUUCAUUGUCUGUAGCUUCUUCAGCAUUUUAAUGCCUUUCUCUCUAGUGUGGUGCAAUGUUUAAUCUGUCAAAUAGCAAUCUGCAAUAUACAAGACUCAAUAAGAUGUGAGUCUUCAUCUGAAUUGACUGAGGCUCAGUAGUCAUCCAGAAAUAUGGUGGCCAUGUACAGUUCGGCUGCAUUAGUGAAUAAUUAAAAUAGCACCUUUAAAUACAUUAGUAUACUUCAGUAAUAAGUUAGUCAUAAGCUGAGUGUGGACAUCUAGGGGACAGUAGUUAAGGACUUGUAUUGCAGAUGCCUAGUUGUGAACAUCUUUUGUUGAUACAUACCAACUGCUAAUGACUAGUCUAUAUGUGUUAUAUUUUUUAUUUACAGGUUGUUGUAAUCUAAAAUCGAAAUCGAAUGUAAUAAGCAAGGUUAUACAAGUGUAAAAUGGUUUUUGAUUCAUAUAAACUACCAGAAAUUACUGGAAGAAGCAACACAAGUGGAAAUAUUCUGAAGUGAUGAAAAUGGUAUGAGACGUGUCGGGCUCUAACAUGAUGGCAUAUACCGUUUCUUUAUCUGUUAUGAUACCUGAACCUUUCUUAUAAUCAUUUCUCAUGACAAAUCAGCAAAGAUGGCAAAUGCAGUUUGUUCAUGAAACUUCGACAAAUAUAUUGCUACAAAUAGAUAUAUGUAUUGUAAAUUGUGAAAUUGUAAAUUGAUAUGUGACCAAGGAAAACGUAGAAUAAAUUAUUUCACUAUUCUGCAAUACCUUA